AUGGACAUGGAAAUCGACGAGACUCCGAGUUCCGCUGCCUCGCGUCUCGCUCCAAUCGAAGAAGUCAAAUCGACCACAAAACAAAGCAAACGAAUCGCGGCCCACAGUCACGUGAAAGGCCUCGGGCUCAAUCAGGAGACGAAAGAGGCCCUCGACAAGGCCGCCGGUUUCAUCGGCCAAACCGCCGCGCGCAAUUCGGCCUCGGUGAUUGUCGAUCUGAUUCGUAUGAAGAGUAUGGCGGGCCGCGCGGUUUUAUUAGCCGGACCGCCAGGGACAGGCAAAACUGCCAUCGCUUUAGCCAUGUCACAAGAAUUGGGAGAUGGUGUACCAUUUGUGCCAUUGGUUGCUAGUGAAGUGUUCUCCAGUGAGGUGAAGAAAACCGAGAUUUUGAUGAGGAAUUUUAGACGGGCCAUUGGAUUGAGGGUUAAGGGUGAGUGAGGAAAAUCUAGAAAUUUUGGAUUUUUGACGGAAAAUUUCAUUCUAGAAAGGUCUAGGCUCAUUUUUCCACAAUUUAUGAGUUAUUUUUGAGCUCCAGAGCUCAAUUUUCAUGAUUUUUAAGUCAAAAUUGAUACUGGAAGCUUCUAGGGUCAUUUCUGAGCAUUUUUAAACGAUUUGUGAGCUCCAGAGCCUAAUUUUCAUGAUUUUUUGAAGGGAAAUUCAAAUUUUCCCCAAAAUUCCCCUUCGAAAGACAUCCCAUAAGCCUGGGUUUUGAGAAAAUUUGAAUUUGGCGCGAAAUUCAAAAUUUCUCAAAUCCUAGGCUUGUGGGGUGUCUUUCGAAGCGAAAUUUCGUGAAAAUUUUGAAUUUUUCAAAAUUUCCCGCCAAAAAUGCCGCGUAGUGAACUAAAAAUCUUGAAAAAUGCUCAGAAAUGAGCCUAAAAGCUUCUGAUAUCAAUUUUGACCUAAAAAUCAUGAAAAUUGAGCUCUGGAGCCAGAAAAUGACUCAAAAGUUGUGAAAAAAUGCUCAGAAAUGACCCUAGAAGCUUCUGGUAUCAAUUUUAACAUAAAAUUCAUAAAAAUUGGGCUCUGGAGCUCAAAAAUCGUGAAAAAUUCAACUUGGACGCUAUUUUAUCAAUUUUCAGCUGAAAUUCAGAGUUUUCUGGAUCCAAAAACGAAAAAUUUAAAAAAAUUUUAAUUUCGCGCCAAAAUUCCAUCCGGAAUAUACUAUUUUCACAAUUUCUAACCAUUUUUCAAGAUUUUUUAGCUCCAGAGCUCAAUUUUCACGAUUUUUAGGUCAAAACUGAUAGCAGAAGCUUCUAGGCUCAUUUCCGAGCAUUUUUCAAGAUUUUUGAGUCAAUUUUGAGCUCCAGAGCUCAUUUUUCACAUAUUUUUCACCUGAUUUCCACCCAAAAAUCCGAUCUUUCUUCCAGAAACCAAAGAUGUUUACGAAGGAGAAGUGACCGAAUUGAAUCCAAUCGAAACUGCAAACAGUCAAAGUAGUGGAAUCGGAAAAACAAUUUCACAUUUGGUUUUGUCAUUGAAAACGGCGAAAGGAAGUAAACAAUUGAAAUUGGAUCCAAGUAUUUAUGAUUCGAUUUUGAAGCAAAGAAUUGAGAUUGGUGAUGUUAUUUAUAUUGAGGCGAAUUCGGGAAUUGUUAAGGUAAAUUUUGAAAAUGGCCAAAAAUAUGUGAAAAUUGAGCUCCGGAGCUCAAAAAUGACUCAAAAAUCCUGAAAAAUGCUCAGAAAUGACCCUAGAAGCUUCUGGUAUCAAUUUUGAACUAAAAAUCAUGAAAAUUUAGCUCUGGAGCUCAAAAAUCUUAAAAAAUGCUCAGAAAUGAGCUCAGAAGCUUCUAGAAUGAAUUUUGACCGAAAAUUGAGCUCUGGAGCUCUGAAAUCUUGAAAAAAAAUCGCCUAGAAGGUUCUGCUAUCAAUUUUGACCUAAAAAUAAUGAAAAUUGAGCUCUGGAGCUCUGAAAUCAUGAAAAAUGAUCAGAAAUGACCCUAUAAGCUUCUGCCAUCAAUUUUGACCUAAAAAUCAUGAAAAUUGAGCUCUGGAGCUCAAAAAAUGACUCAAAAUUCUGGAAAAAUUGAAUUUGGAAUGAAAAAAAACACGAAUUUUCAUCAAAAAUUGGAUUUUUUGUGAAAAUUUUUGAAAAAGUCGAUUUUUUAAUAAAAAAUCCACGAAAAUCUUAUCAAAGCACAGUUUUCUGUCUGAAACUCGUGAAAAAUUGAAUUUACCAGCUGAAAAUAGCUUCUGCCUUUGAAAAAUACUGAAAAUUCAGUUUUUUGGCUAAAUUUUGACCUGAAAUUAGAUUUUCAGUGAAAAAAUACUUGAAAAUGUGAAUUUUUGAUCUGGAAAAUCGAAUUUUCUGAAAAAUAAGCGAAAAAUACAUGAAAAUCACCGAAAUCCCGUGAAAAAGCGAAUUUUUGAUCUGAAAAAUCGAUUUUUCUGAAAAAUAAGCGAAAUAUACAUGAAAAUCAUCGAAAUCCUUUGAAAAAGCGAAUUUUUGAUCCGGAAAAUCGAUUUUUGAUAAAAAUUAAUGAAAUUUACAUGAAAAUGACCGAAAUCCUUUGAAAAAGCGAAUUUUCGAUCUGAAAAAUCGAUUUUUAAUGAAAAAUCAAUGCAAUAUACAUGAAAAUGACCCAAACACCGUGAAAAAUCUCAAAAAUCUCAUUUUUUCCAGCGCGUUGGUCGAUGUGAUGUGUAUGCUUCAGAAUUCGAUCUUGAAGCCGACGAAUUUGUGCCACUUCCAAAAGGAGAUGUUCGAAAAUCCAAGGAUAUUGUUCAAGAUGUCACAUUACAUGAUUUGGAUUUGGCAAAUGCGAGACCGCAAGGAAGACAGGGAGAUGUUAGUAGUAUUGUGUCGCAAUUGAUGGCGCCAAAGAAAACUGAAGUUACUGGUGAGUAGUGAUUUGGGGGAAAAAUGGUGGAAAAUUGAGCCCUGGAGCUCAAAAAUGACUCAAAAAUCGUUUAAAAAUGCUCAGAAAUGACCCUAGAAGCUUCUGGUAUCAAUUUUGAUCAAAAAUUGAACUCUGGAGCUCAAAAAACUUGAAAAAUGCUCGGAAUUGACCCUAGAAGCUUCCAGUAUCAAUUUUGACCUGAAAAUCAUGAAAAUUGAGCUCUGGAGCUCAACAAUCUUGAAAAAUAGCUUCAAAAUCAGCUCAGAACCUUAGCAAUCUGAUUUUCAGCCUAAAAUCCCGUGUAAACUCAUCACAUGUAAUUUUUAUAUCAAAAUGAGGCUCCAGAGAUGAUAAAGAUGAAAAUGUUACCUGAAAAUCAUGAAAAUUGAGCUCUAGAGCUCCAAAUUGACUCAAAAAUCGUGAAAAAUGCUCAGAAAUGACCCUAGAAGCUUCCAGUAUCAAUUUUAAUCAAAAAUAUGGGAAAAUUGAGCUCUGGAGCUCACAAACCAUGAAAAAUAGCUCCAAAAUCAGCUCAGAACCUUAGGAAUCUGAUUUUCAGCUUAAAAUCCCGUAUAAACUCUUCAAAUUGGAAUUUUUAUAUCAAAAUGAAGCUCCAGAGCGGCUAAAUGUGAAAUUUUACCUGAAAAUCGUGAAAAUUGAGCUCUGGAGCUCUAAAAUCUUGAAAAAUGCUCAGAAAUGGGCCUAGAAGCUUCUAGAAUGAAUUUUCAUCAAAAAAUGAGCUCCAGAGCUAGAAAAUGACCAGAAAUCUCUUUAGGAACCUAAUUUUUGACCUCAAAAGCUCAAAAAUGAUCAAAAUUCAUUUCCAGACCGUCUCCGCUCGGAAAUCAACAAAGUCGUAAACGAAUAUAUCGAAAGUGGUGUUGCCGAAUUAAUGCCCGGCGUUUUGUUCAUCGAUGAAGUUCAUAUGUUGGAUGCCGAAUGUUUUACAUAUUUGCACAGAAGUUUGGAAUCGUCGAUUAGUCCAAUUGUUGUAUUUGCGACAAAUCGAGGAAAUUCGACUGUUAGGUUAGGGUUUUGGCGGGAAAUUUGGGAAAAAAUGGGAUUUUUUGGUCGAAAUCCCAGUGAAAAUGGUGAAUUUUGACCCAGGAAAUCGAAUUUUUCAUGAUUUUUAGAGCAUUGCUCAGGUUAAACUUAAAAAUUGCGAGUCUUGGUCAAAUUCCAGUUGAAAUUAAGGAAUUUUGACCCGGAAAAUUAAAAAUUAAAAUUUAACGGAAAAUUAAAAUUUUGACCCGGAAAAUAUUGAUUUUUGGUCAAAUUCCAGCUGAAAUUAAUGAAUUUUCACCCAGAAAAUUAAAUUUUCCAUUAUUUUUUGAGCAUUGCUCAUGUUAAACUUAAAAAUUGCGAUUCUUGGUCAAAAUCCGGCUGAAAAUCAUGAAUUUUGACCCAGAACAUCGAAUUUCCCAUGAUUUUUGACCAUUGCUCAGGUUAAACUGAAAAUAUCGAUUCUUGGUCAAAUUCCAGCUGAAAUUAAUAAAUUUUGACCCAGAAAAAUCACAUUUUCCUUCAUUUUUCGAUUCGAGAUAGAAAAAUUGUGAAUUUUGAUCCAGAAAAUCGAAUUUUUCAUGAUUUUUAAAGCAUUGCUCAUGUUAAAUUGAAACUAUCGAUUCUUGGUCAAAAUCCUGCUGAAAUUAAUGAAUUUUCACCUAGAAAAUUGAAAUUUUCAUGAUUUUUUGACCAUUGCUCAUAUUAACCUAAAAAAUUCCCCCAAUUUCCUCCAUUUUUUUGCAGAGGUUUGGACAUCAAAUCAGCUCACGGAAUUCCGCCAGAAAUGCUCGAUCGACUCAUGAUUAUUCCGACUUUGAAAUAUACACCAGAUGAAAUGCGCGAGGUUUGAAUUUUUGAGCUAAAAAUUGUUAAAAAUCGAUAAUUUUGACAUAAAAUUCAUGAAAAAUGGUGGUUUUCCUGAUCAGAAGGUCCAGGGAUCGAUUCCUGGUGCCUGCAGAGAUUUUUUAAAGAAAAUAUUAAAAAAUUACUUUAAAAAUUCUAUUUUUGUGUUAAAAAUCAUGAGAAAUUUGAAUUUUUUGAUCAGAAGGUCAGGGGAUCGUUCCCGGUGCCUGCAAAAGUUUUUUUUUAGAAAAUAUUAAAAAUGACCAGAAAUGGGUGAUUUUUUACCAAAAAUUCAUGAAAAAUAGUGUUUUUUCUGCUCAUAAGGUCCGGGGAUCGAGCCCCGGUGCCUGCAGAGAUUUUUUUUCAAAAAUUUUGAAAAAAUAUGAUUUUCCACCCGAAAUCCUCAAUUUUCUCAAUUUCCAGAUCCUCGCUCUUCGCUCCGAAGCCGAAAAUGUGAAAUUCGACAAAGACGCGCUGAACUUCAUGACACAAGUCGCUACAGAAAGAUCAUUGAGAUAUGCGUUGCAAAUUAUUGCGCCAGCCAGAUUAUCGGCACAAUGUUCGGGAAGAGAUGUUAUUAAUGUGAGGAUUUUUGGGGAAAAAUUUGAAAAAUCUCGAUUUCCCGGUCAAAAUUCACUAAUUUUGAAGGUUUUUAGCUCAAAAAUCAUGAUUUUCAGCCUAAAAAUGGUCCCGAGUCUGAAAAUCAUGAUUUUCAGCUUUAAAAAUGACCCCAGAUCGAAAAAUCAUGAUUUUUAGCUCAAAAAAAAUGAAACCAGGUCGAAAAAUCAUGAUUUUCAGCCCAAAAAUCCUAAAGUUCACCCCAAAAAGCCUAUAACUAGGCCUAGGCCCAUUUCCAAGCCUAAAAGCCUAUUUUUUAGCUCAAAAAAUGGUCCCGAGGCUAAAAAUCAUGAUUUUUAGCUCUAAAAAUGGUCGUAGGUCGAAAAUCAUGAUUUUCAGCUUUAAAAAGCCUAUAACUAGGCCUAGGCCCAUUUCCAAGCCUAAAACCCUAUUUUUAGCUCCAAAAAUGAAACCAGGUCGGAAAAUCAUGAUUUUUAGCUUUAAAAAUGGUCUCCAGGCUAAAAAUCAUGAUUUUCAGCCCCUGAAAGCCUAGAACUAGGCCUAAGCCCCCUAUUUCCAAGCCUAAAAGCUCAAAAUGUUCCAGACAUCCGAUGUUCAACGUUGCGUGGAUCUUUUCAUGGAUCGUUCGGAAUCGCUCAAAAAAGCCCGUUUGACACAACAACAAUUCAGUAAAGCCUAA